GGUAAGGAAGCUAAUCCGCUUCCUAUAUAACUCACACCACCACGACCCUCCCUCACACCAUCCACACCACAAGUAAAAAGAUGGCCCUUGUCGAGUUCACGCUUUUCGCACUUCUCUUACCCACCCUCGUCUACCUCCUCGUUAACCUGCGCACUGUCUUCCUUAAACGUCACCGCCUCCCUUUCCCGCCGGGUCCCAAAGGGUGGCCGAUCCUAGGCAACCUCCCCCAGCUGGGCCUCGUUCCCCACCACUCCCUCGCCGCCCUUGCCCGAAAGUACGGCCCGCUCUUCCAUCUACGGAUGGGAUCGGUCCACGUGGUCGUUGCUGCGUCAUCCUCGGUGGCGGCCCAGUUCCUCAAGCACCACGACGCCAAUUUCUCGAGCCGACCGCCGAACUCGGGCGCGAAGCACAUCGCCUACAACUACAACGACCUGGUUUUCGCGCCGUAUGGGCCGAGGUGGCGCGCGCUGAGGAAGGUUUGUGCAGUGCACCUCUUCUCCGCCAAGGCGCUAGAGGAUUUCCGGCACGUGCGGGAGGAGGAGGUGGGGAAGCUGACACGUGCGCUGGCGGGUGAGCCGUUGGCGAACGUGGGGCAGCUGUUGAACGUGUGCACGACGAACGCACUGGGGAGGGUUAUGAUAGGGAAGAGGGUGUUCGGGGAACUGGUGAGUGGUGGGGCCCACAAGGAGGCAGGGGAGUUUAAGGAGAUGGUGGUAGAGCUGAUGGUGCUGGCGGGGGUCUUCAACCUGGGGGAUUUCAUCCCGGCCCUUGAUUGGCUGGACCUCCAGGGCGUGGCGAGGAAGAUGAAAAAGCUCCACAAGCGCUUUGAUGACUUCCUGUCCGGGAUCAUGGACGAGCACCGUAAGAGUGGUGGGACCCACACUGAUCUGUUGAGCGUCUUGAUGAGCUUGAACUUGAAGCUGGACGAGGCGGAGGGAAGCGGCAAGUUGACAGACACCGAGAUCAAAGCGCUGCUUUUGGACUUGUUCACUGCUGGCACGGACACGUCGUCAAGCACAGUGGAGUGGGCCCUAGCGGAACUCAUUCGUCAUCCUAAGAUCCUAGCCCAGGCCCAAGCCGAGCUGGACUCAGUAGUGGGCUCGGCCCGACUUGUAUCAGAAGCUGACCUGGCCAACCUGCCCUUCCUAAACGCCGUCAUCAAGGAAACCUUCCGGCUCCACCCCUCAACACCUCUCUCCCUACCUCGCAUCGCCGCCGAGGACUGUGAAAUCAAUGGCUACUUGAUCCCCAAGAACUCUACACUCUUGGUCAAUGUUUGGGCCAUCGCUCGUGACCCAGCCGUGUGGCCUGAGCCACUCAAGUUCUGUCCCGAGCGGUUCCUCCCUGGUUCGCCUCAAGCCCACAUUGACAUUCGAGGCAAUGACUUCGAGGUGAUACCGUUCGGAGCGGGCCGGAGGAUAUGCGCCGGGAUGAGCUUGGGCCUUCGCAUGGUCUACUUCAUGACAGCAACCUUGGUCCAUGCAUUCAACUGGGCCUUACCAGAGGGCCAAGUGGCCGAGAAACUAAACAUGGAUGAGGCUUACGGGCUCACCUUGCAGAGGGCUGUGCCCUUGACCUUACGCCCUCUGCCAAGGCUAGAACCGCACGUGUACGGUGCGACUCAGUGCUCUUGAAUGCACGUAGCUAUUUUUCAGUGAUGUUUAUCACCUGCUCUAUUAGUGUGUACGUGUGCGGGGUGUUUUACAUGUUGAUAUAUUCACCUGAACCGCAUUUUACAUUUCGUUAGAAGAAUAAGAUACUUUGGUGUAAGUUUGUUGCCUAAGGGAAAUUUGCUUUACAUGCUGGGCUGGCCAGCUUGA